UCGCGCCAUCACAGAAGCUAGCACCAAAGCCAUACACAUUUAUCUGUGUGUGACCCCGGUUAACCUAAACAGGAAAGGUAUUUCUUUAAUUAAUCAAGUUUCUUGCAAAGAAUAUCAUCUACCAACUAACAACUGCACUGCACACACAGUUUUUGAGGAUGCCGAGCAAGUUUCAGAGUGGGGACACGGUGAUGGGGCGGUGGCCCGGGAGUAAUCUGUACUACGAGGUGAAAGUGCUGAGCCACGACGCAGACACCCAGCUCUACACCGUGAUCUACAAGGACGGUACCGAGUUGGAACUGAAGGAGGUUGAUAUCAAGAGCAAUACCACAUUCCGUCAGAGGUCAGGACGAUCUGGCUCCCGCUCCCGCUCUCGCUCUCGCUCCCAGUCGCCAUCACGCCGCCGCAGCCGUUCACGCUCGCCAGCGCGGACCACACGACGCACGUCUUCGCGAACCACCGAGGCCAAAAAGGACAAGCUGAAGGAGGUCCUAGAAGUCAGACUCACACCUGUGGUUAUUCCAACUGAGAACAACAGCGAUGACAAACAUGAAAAGAAAGAGGAAACCAGUGAGCCUGUUGAGGAACCCGAACAGCGAGCCAGUGGUCGCUACAAUCUGCGUCGACGCACCAAAGACCAAGGCACGAAACAAGAGGAAGAAGCGAAGGAGAAGGUGGAGGAGGCCCCUGUGAGUAAGAAGCCAUCGGCCGUCACCAAGAGCGUCGACCUGGAGUUUGGAGGCAGGAUGGGUACGUUGGCCAUUCUCCUCUUGCUGCCGCUUCUUGUGCUGCAUCUUGUCCUCCAAACGCCCCUGAAGGACGGCAGCCUCCUGGACGUCCCUGCCGGCGUGCCCGCUGUGGAGGAGCUGUGGGACUGGCAAGUGUUCGGCCUGGUUCUUCUCUGGCUGCUGUUUCAGGCUCUGCUGUGUGUCCUGCCAUUGGGGAAGGUGGUGGAUGGAAUGCCCUUGAAGACCGGAAAGACAUUGAAGUACAGGAUUAACGGCUUCUAUGCGCUGCUCGCCAGUGUCGUGGCUGUUGGCGUUGCCAUGCACCAGGGGCUUGACCUCACGUACAUCCACACGCACUUUGUCCAGUUUUUCUCGUCAGCGAUGGUGAUCUCUCUUCUGCUCAGCGUCUACCUCUAUGUUCGCUCAAGACGCCUCUCUGAGGAAGAACAGGCCCCUAGUGGGAACUCAGGAUAUCUUGUUUACGACUUCUUCAUGGGUCGAGAGUUGAACCCACGCAUCCGCAGCUUUGAUGUGAAAUUCUACUGUGAACUGCGCCCGGGUCUCAUUGGUUGGCUGGUUAUCAACUUUGCGAUGCUGCUCGCUGAGAUGAAAAUCCAGAAACUGGAGGGGCCCUCCCCUGCAAUGCUGCUGGUUAACAUCUUCCAGUUCAUCUGGGUGGCCGAUGGACUUUGGCACGAGGAAAAGCUACUGACCACGAUGGACAUAGUGCAUGACGGCUUUGGGUUCAUGUUGGCGUUUGGAGACCUGGUGUGGGUGCCGUUCACCUUCACCUGCCAAGCUCACUUCCUGGCCAGUCACCCCAGCGAGCUCUCCCAGUGGCUUGUUGCCGCUAUUGUCGCCAUCAAAGGCAUUGGAUACUACAUAUUCCGCAAAGCCAACUCCCAGAAAAAUAACUUCCGAAGAAACCCGUCUGAUCCAUCUCAUUCCACUCUGAAGACCAUCCCGACAGCCACUGGGAAGAGCCUGAUCGUGAGCGGCUUGUGGGGCUUUGUCCGCCACCCAAACUACCUGGGCGACAUUCUCAUGGGCAUCGCUUGGUCUCUCCCCUGUGGCUUCACUCAUGCCGUGCCGUACUUCUAUCUGGUCUAUCUGAUCGUGCUGCUGAUCCACCGCAAUGCUCGGGACGAGCGGCAGUGCCGGAGGAAGUACGGCUCUUCGUGGGACGAGUACUGCAAAGCGGUGCCGUACCGCAUCAUCCCUCGCGUCUACUGAAGAAGCUUGUGAAGUGAAGGAGCCUCGCUUUAAGAAACAGUAUUUCAAGUUGAGUGUAAUUUAAAAAUGGACUCAGCUUUUUGUUUGUUUAAGCAAAAAAAAAAUGAUUUAAAGUUAUAGUUUUUUUAAGCCAUGUUUUUAAAUGCUUUUGAUAAAAAAAUCUGAAUAAAUAUGAAAAAAAAGG